GAAGUUAGGCCUAGUUGCUGGUAGAAGUAGCUGAAAAUUCAAACGUCGUUUUAUGCCCUAGUGCAUGUUAUCCAGUGUGUUCGUGCAAGGGAGCAUCAUCUUCCGGACUCCACUGUUCAGCUACGAAUUUCCUGUUCGUGGCCUUGGCGAUCGCUCCGAAUGCUAGCCGGGCACAGCUGAAACGUCACGGUGCUCGCGCGACGAGCCAAGUGCUGGGAUUUGGUGUUUCCUUUACGUCUUGUCUCCUCGAUUCUGCUGGAGCUUAUGCGGCGUCCUACGUGCGUCGGUGACAUCCGGUUAUAGUUGCAUGGGAUACCUCGGAAGGCGUCUGGGAACGACUCAAGUAAAAAAAUGCGUGGCAUCCUCAUGAGAGCAUGUAAUGGUGAGGCCCCGCAUGUUUGGUGAGCAUGCCUGCCCCCAGCACCGCGGGCAGCAGCCCCAGCGCCAACAGCGCUGGCAGCGCCGGUGGCGGCAACACCAAUGGCCUGGUGGUUUGCAACGAGGCCUGCGGAAUCCGCGAUGUCUGGGCCGCCAAUCUCGAGGACGAGUUUCGCGCCAUCAUACGUGUGGUCCAGAAGUACAACUACGUCGCCAUGGACACAGAGUUUCCCGGAGUGGUGGCACGGCCCAUUGGGGAGUUUCGCAGCACAGCAGACUACCAGUACCAGUUGCUGCGCUGCAAUGUGGACCUUCUCAAGAUCAUCCAGUUGGGCCUCACCUUUCUGGACGAACAUGGAAACACACCCCCAAAUUACUCCACCUGGCAGUUCAACUUCAAGUUCAGCCUCACGGAGGACAUGUAUGCGCAGGAUUCCAUCGACCUGCUUACCAACUCUGGCAUUCAGUUCAAGAAACACGACGAAGAGGGCAUCGAUCCAUACGAGUUUGCUCAGCUGCUCAUGACAUCGGGAGUGGUCCUCUCCGACAAUGUGAAGUGGCUCUCCUUUCAUAGUGGAUACGACUUUGGCUACAUGCUGAAGUUGCUGACGGACCAGAACCUGCCUUCAGAGGAGUCGGAGUUCUUUGAGUUGCUGCGAAUCUACUUUCCGGCCAUCUACGAUGUGAAGUACCUCAUGAAAAGUUGUAAAAAUCUGAAAGGAGGCCUACAGGAGGUGGCUGAGCAGCUAGAGCUUGAACGGAUUGGGCCACAGCACCAGGCGGGUAGUGACAGCUUGCUCACCGGUGCAGCCUUCUUCAAGAUGCGAGAAAUGUUCUUUGAGGACAACAUAGACGACGCGAAGUACUGUGGGCACCUGUACGGCCUGGGCACCUCGUAUGUCAUGAAUGGCAACUCGUACCACGAUGAGGCGACUCCCAACAACGUGGCUCUGGCACUGCCUGCGGCCGCAAACGCCGCCCAGUCCACACCCACUUCCACCAACUCUGCAUCUUGACAUGCCUGCCGCCACUGCAGUGCCCACUCUCCAAAAGCCCAGCUGUGCUGUGCAUACUCUGAAUGCACCGUGUGUGUUGUUCCCUCUUGUUGCCAUUGGUUUCACUGCACCUUCUCCACAGUCUCCUUGCCACAUGCCUACCACGUUGGUCGAGCAAAAAGCCGCGUUACCACCCGCAGUGUUCCUUGCUUAACAAGAAAAGCUCUGAUUAGGAAAGGUGGCAGAGAGAUGGCUGGCGGUUAGUCCCUUAGGGGAAGUGAGAACACAUUUUAUUUUUGUGAAAGGCUGGCAGGGUGCAAAUUUUGUUCAUCUUACAGUGUUCCCACUUUAAUGGGGCUGCAUGUUUAAGUGUGGGUGGAUUGUGGGGAGAAGUGUGCCAGAGAAAUUGUUCCCCUGGUAUUCAUUGGUAUGUGGCCACGUUGGACAUUUUAUAUUUCCACCAGAAUGGUUGUUCUACAUGUGCAUUAUGUAAGGUUUUUCUUAUGGUGGCUGUGGGGCUAGUAGACAAAUUUACCCAGUAUGUCACUCAUUCGAGGCAAAUGAUGCAUCGUUCCAUUGUGCAUGCAUGCUGUUCACUGUACAGUCCUUUUGAAUUCCUGCCUCAGCUGCAAAAUGCGCCCCCUAAUGUUGCUCCCAGUGCCUAUAAAUUAGGGGAUUGAUGCCACUUAAUAAACAGCUGUUCCAGACUGGGGCAGUCCAGUCUGGUACAGCGUGGGACACAGCGCAAAAACUCCGUAUGCUUAGAACUCACUUAAACCUGCUUCCGUGUGGCCCAUAGCACAUCUGUGCGCUAUAAAUCUUGUGCGAGAACAGUCUACCUUAUUGCUUUGGAAACGAAAUUAGGGGGUGUUUCAUUAGGGGGCGUUUGCUGGUUGCACACGUGUAUUUUUACCUCGUUUCGGAGGUAAAAGCAUCUUAGCCUUGUGCGGGCCGACAGUGUGCUAUGUCGCACAUUGAUGGCCACUUAUACAUCAGCACUAGUCAAACUUAUGUGCUCACACAAGAUUUUGG